AUGUCCCCUGUCCCCCCAGAUGCCCCCCGAAAGGCAGCGACAGUGGCGGCUGCUCCUCGUACAGGCUCCUCCGCCCGCAGCGCGGCCCCCGGGGCGGGGAAGGGCCCGCCCGGCUCCAAGCGGCCGCCCUGGGACCUGCGGGGGCAGCUGGGGGAGCUGCGGGAGGCGCUGGGGCAGGCCCAGGGCCGGCUGCGGGAGCUGGACGGCGAGAAACGGGAGCUGGAGAGCGGCAACCAGCAGCUGAGAGACAGCCUGCAGCAGCUGCAGCGGGAGCUGGGCGAGAGGGAGCGCCGGGAGAGCGGCCUGAGCGCCCGGGUGGGCUCGCUGGAGUCGGAGGUGUCGCAGGUCCGGGAGGAGCUGCAGCAGAGCCGGGGCCGCCUGGAGGCUCUGGAAGCCGAGAAGCUGCGGCUGCAGGCGGAGGAGGAGCAGCGGCGGCACGAGAGGGACCAGGCGCGGGGGCAGGCACAGGCAGCCUUGGAGCAGCUGGAGAACACUGAGGCCCGGCUGCAGCAGGCGCAGCAGCAGCUGCAGCAGCAGCUGGAGCAGCUGGCAGCGCUGCAGGAGCUGGAGGCCUCGCAGCGGGCGCUGCUGGCCGAGCACGAGGAGCGCAUCCACCUGCUGGAGAUGGAGCGGCGCCGCCUGCACAACGACAUCCAGGAGCUGCGGGGUAACAUCCGCGUGUUCUGCCGCGUGCGGCCGCUGCUGCCGGAGGAGCGCGAGCGCCAGCGGGGGCUGCCCCACCUGCACUUCCCGCCGCAGGAGCCGCGCAGCCUGGUGCUCACCCGCCCUGAUGAUUCGCAGGUGGGGCGGGAGCGGCGGGCGGAGCUGCGCUACGACUUCAGCUUCGACAGGGUGUUCCCUCCUGGGGCUUCCCAGCAGGACAUCUUCCAGGAGAUCCAGCUGCUGGUCCAGUCAGCUCUGGACGGGUACCCGGUGUGCAUCUUCGCCUACGGGCAGACGGGCAGCGGCAAGACCUUCACCAUGGAGGGCCCGGAGCCGCGGGGCCGCCCCGAGUCCCGCGGGAUGAUCCCGCGCGCCGUGCGCCACCUGUUCGCGGGGGCGCGCGACCUGGCGGGCAAGGGCUGGCAGUACCGCUUCUCCGCCAGCUUCCUGGAGAUC